AAGUAUCCCAUGAAAAAUUGAACCAAAUUGUAUUUUUUUAGUCGUUCGUGUAUUUUAUAGCUCAAGAUAAAAACUCAUUAGUCAAAAAUGAAGUUACAGUAUUUUUUAGUGUUCUUUUUUUCACAACUAUAUCACGCAAGAAAUGUUUCUACUUCUGGAAGUAGUAUACGGAUACCAUUGACAAGGACGUCGACGAUUACGACUAUAACUUCAGCGGAUACGUAUUACGGUUCUUUUUCAAUUGGAACGCCACCUCAAGAGUUUAAAACGAUUUUUAAUACACAAUCCACCAAACUAUGGGUACUCUCGAAAAAAUGUCAAGAUUUGAUACUUUGUCAAAGAAGUGGCGUUCAUCUGUAUGACCACGAGAUGUCAACAACAUACAAACAACCAACAAAGCCUAAUUGUCAAAAAAGAAGUACAUACAUAAUCGGAAAGGUAGCUGGAUUUUGUUCAAAUGAUACAAUAAUGUUGGCCGGAGUUGAACUCAACAACUCAGAAUUUCUUGAAGUCACCAACGUCACACUGUUCCCAACAGAUACAUACCAUAGUAUUAUUGGAUUAGGAUAUGAUUACUCCAGACCAUCCGAUAACAUCAUCACACAACUUUGCCGGACGGUUAAUCGAGAGAAUAAAUUUUCAUUCUAUUUUAAUAGGAAUACUCGUGGUGGUGAAUUAACGUUAUGUGGUAUAGACGAAUCAAAGUUUCGGGGUCCUUUGAAUUACGUGAAUGAAACUCAACCAUUCGGUAGAUGGUACAUUCCAAUUGAAAACGUUUCAUUACAACUUGGCCCAAAUCAUACCAAUAUGGAUUCAGAGACGACAGCCAAAGUUGACAGCGGCACUAAUUUCAUCGCGGGACCGUCAAAAAGUAUUGAGGCAAUACAUAACGUUACAAACGGUGACAUAUCAACUAGUAAAGUCGACUGCAAAGAUAUCCCGAAGUUGCCCAGUCUAACAUUCGAAAUCGGUGGAAAAAAAUACACACUUGAAGGAGAAGAUUACACUUAUAUGGAGUUUGAAGACGAUUAUUCUACAGCAAAAUGCAGGAUGGGUAUUAUCGACAAUUUCGUCGAAGGUGACACGUCAUGGACUUUAGGAAAUGUUUUCCUCCGGAAGUAUUACUCCGUUUUUGACAUGGAUAGCCACGCGAUUGGAUUUGCCGAAAGCAUGCAUAGGGCGGCCAUUAUUGUUCAUCUUUUUUAAAAAAUCAACGUUUUUAUGGGAGGGACCCCCUAAAAAUAUUCUUUUCGAUAAAAUAAUGAAGUCCCAAACUCGCGUCUCAAAGCGAUUAAGGUUGCGUAACGCCUUCAGCGUGUCUAUGUUCUCGCCCAAGUCCACACAGUGGAAUACGUUUCGUCGCAACUCGUAAAACUUUGAUAUGUACAUUUUCCACAGCAUUGUCUAUUAGAACAGGCGGAGCUACCAAUUUUUUACUGCAGUAGUUGUAAAUAGACAGGUUAUUUUACGUGUCCAAGGGGAAAGGUACAUAGGUAGUUGUUUUUCUGAUCAUUUCUUAGUACUCAGCAUUAACAGAAAAAGAAUGGUGUGUGGGGGGGGGGAUUGAGGUGAACACACAAUGUACCUAGUCCUUUAAAUCGUCCAAGUAUGUACCUAAUUUAAAAUUUCAGAAAGAAAUACCCGAACAUACUAACAAAAAAAUGAUGAGGCUUCCUUACUCGAAUAAGAAGCAUGCAAUUCCACAUUUAUUUACAUAUUUUUUGCCUAUGUUGAUCAAUUUAUCAAAAUAUUGAAGUUUUCCAUUAAUUUUACGAGCUUGAAUUGAUUGUACAUUGAUACCUGAUAUUCAUGAGUAGGUCUCUGGCAAAGUAGUUUCCGCGUUGCAUCGGAUUUAUUCCACGUCGACGCACUCACGAUAUUGUGCAUCUUCAAUCGCUUUGAGACGCGGGUUAAAAUUACUCUUUCAUAUUGAAACAUUCAGUGUAUUUUUAUUUCAUCCAAAUGAAUAUUUUAAGGGGGUACUCCGAUGAAACAAUAAAGUUUGAAAAAUAACGACCGCUCUGCUCAACACUGGUUAAAUGUUAAAUAUCACAUGACUCAAAAAGAGCAUAAUCAGUAGUAUGAAAUCAACAUCAAAGUCGUACAUAAUUUGUUUUACUUUUUACAUUAUCAUUUAUUAAUCUAGUAAUGUAAUGUACUAUUACUUUUUACAUUAUCAUUUACAUUAUUAAGCAUACACAGCUACA